CUAUCCUUCUCGGGUUUGUCGCAUAAACAUUGAAAAUCGACCUUAUUUACCGGCGGGCGCAGUAGAACCACAAAUUUUCCGAUUAUUCAGUUAAUAUUUAGGAUAACUUCAAAAGGAAAUUGAAAAAUGGAUGAAAAAUAAUAAGAAGGUCAGUGAAUUGUAAUGGUGGAUGUGAAUAAAGUUUUUUUAAGCUUAAAGUUAUGGUGUGAGCAGCAAACAGUAUGAGCGAAGCAGGUGAGAAGCGGUCUGGUGUGACCAGAGUGCUGGGUGCGCUGGGUGGCAGCGAGGCAUGCGGCGCACGCUGGACGCUGGCCGCGCUGCUGCUGGCCCCGCUAGCAGCCGCCAACAGCAGUUAUUGUGCAGUACCCGCUGUAAUGUUACUGGCCGUAUUCGCCACUUUCGCCACAUUGACAUGUAAGGAUUUACGGAAGCUAGCCGAAAUACUUCCACCACCCAAAACGGCUCGAGGCCGUCGUGAGAGGAACAUGCGUUCGUUCGCUGACUUCAUGGCGAUGUGGAUGUGCUUCCUAUCGCACUUAGUGGCGGUGGCGGUCUGCGCGAGGAUCCUCAGCGCAACUGCCGACCAUGUGACCGGUGGCCGGACGAGGCGCUGGUUAUUCGGCUACGAAACGAGAGCCCUGGGGGAGCCGUGGCCAGAUGUUAUAGGAGUCACUGUUGUUAUGGUGGUGUGUGCGAUGUUCAUGUGUGGCCUUGAGGAGAGUAUGAUGUUUACAUUCAUGCUGCUUAUGCUGCUGUAUUUAUUCAGCCAGUGUUUCGCGAUCUUUGGUUUAAUCAAUUUGGAUAUAGCAAGCAUCAAAAUACCAAUACCAAUUACUAUAUAUGAGUUAUUCGCCGCGGGGGCGCCAAUAUCGUAUGCAUUCAGCGUCGGUCUGCCACCGAUGCAAAACAACGUCCUUAAAAAGAACUUAUUUCUUCUUAUUGGCCUACCCACAAUAAUACUUUCCAGCCUUUGCUUUUUGUAUACGAAUAUGCUAAAGGGAAACAGCAUAGACGCGGCAUUACCUGUGACGACCCUCCUAGAGGCGCGCUCUGCAGGCUGGGUGUGCCCCGUGCUGGCCGGUAUCACGGUCGCGGGCGUGUGCCUCGCGCUCACCGAGCUCUGCCCAUUGCUCUUCUCACUACUCGUGCUGCUCGCGUCCCCCGAGUGGAAGGUUCUCACCAGGUCAAUGACCUACGAGAGUACUACGACUGGAAGUCCAGUGCUUGCUGUGUUUACUGCAGGAAGUUUGGCGGCAAUACUGGCAUUUGCGUGUCCAUUAUCACACAUGAUAACUUUGAUGAAUGCCAGCCACUUAUUCGGGAUUACAAUACAAGCGUUUCACUUCAUGAUAAUGAGAUGCGUGCCCACGAAGGAACAAAUGGAAGCAGGAAACAUAGAAUACAAACGACUCGGGACUGAAGGGUCAUCGAGAGUCGUUAAAUCGGCCUCUGUGAAGUCAAAACGCGGCCUUUGGUUCAUCCCCUCGGCUAUUCGUCACACAAAGACUUUAGAGAGUAUCAAAUCUAAAGUUACAAAAGAGACUGAAGAACGAGAGUGCCUUCUCCUUGAUGAAUACGCAGGUUGUCCAACCGAGGACUUGGAGCAAUCUUCGAGUGGUAACAACGGUAGAAUACCAAUGGCUGUUGAAGAAGAUAUCGACUGUCCAUCCGAUAUGGAAGCGAGCGAACCGGAUAUAUCGUCUGGUGAUGAUUCUACGGAUAUUGAUGCUGUUGUUAAAGAAUACAAAGAUACCAUACAGGUGGUAACAGCGAUCCCAGAAGCGAGCAGUCCGCCGCCGCCGUGUGUCCAGGGCGCGCGGUGGGCGGCGGCGGGUGCGGUAGUGCAGGUCCUCGCCAACGCGUUCCUAGCGGUUGCCUUUUGUAACGAGGCUCUAAGGCUGCCUAUGUUCCUCACUGGAAUACCUAUGUGGUUGUGUGGAACAUUAAUUUGUAUAUGGCAGCCAUCACACAAAUUGGGUACAAAGAAGAUCCAAGGUCUCGAAGGUCCAGUAACAAUGACGAUGGCGUUGUUGUUCCUCACACCAUUACUGCUUGACUCUUGGCCAGCCAUCAUUCUUUUCGCUGGAGCAGGUGUGGUAAUAUACGCACGUUGUGAGCGCUGGUGCGGCGACCUCGCGGUGCGUCAAGCACGCAGCACUCUGGAGCGACGCAAGCGUCCCCUCACCGGUACUCUCGCACACAUCGAUACCGUAUACAUCGCCAGAUGACAAGACGAGGACUCGGACACGAGUCUAGACAAUCUGAUAGAAGCGGGUGAAGACGAGCUGGACCCUGACGCCGAAUGCCAGGAGCCAGCUAUUGUCAUCAUCACGCCCUGUGAUGGAAGACAAGCCACUACAAGUAUACAGUAAAUGUGUCUAAAAAUAAUGAAGUCGGAAGUCGUAAUCUUACAUCAUCAUGACUUAGCUUCGCCUCUAGCACGCUGCCCCGAAGGUGUAUCUGAACUAAAGCAAAAGCAGAGCGACCCUAUUUUUUACUUCGCUUUCGGAUGACGGUGUGUACUUUUAAAUUACGAACAUUACAAAAUAUAACGUACAAUCGUUGAAGAAUCUGUAUUUAAAAUAGCAUCUUAAGAUCUGAUAAAGGGGUUCCGAGUGAGUGUACUUGCAAAUGUUAUAAAAAUGAGCAUAAAGAAUUCUAUAAAUGUUAUUAUUAUGCUUUUAUUGCUGCACUUAACAUAUUUCUGCGCCAUUUAUAAUGUAAGAAUUUCAGGUAAUUUUCAUAACUUUUC